CGUUGAGUACAUAAUCCAAAUAGGGGGAAAUAUUGGAUAAAGUGGGGCUUAAUCACCAUAUCUUGUAUGAAUCAUUGGGAGAAUCUGAUCAUCAAUCCAAGGCAAAAAUUCGUCAUAUUCAAUCGAUCUUCCACUGUGUUGACGUUGACUCAUAUACUGGAGAAACAAUGCGAAUAUUCUUAUCAAUAUUUCUAGUGUACAUUUGUUCAGCCUCUGAACUAAAAUGCCCAACGUGCUUCAGGGAUGUAGGUAGAGAAUGUAAGUUUAUCCAAGAAAUUUCCUGUUCUGAACAGACCGUGAAAGCAAUUUCAGCCUUCUGUCCAGGUUUUGAUGAUAGAGCUAUGUGGGGCUUACCUUUUAUAUGCUUGGAUGUAUAUGAUCAAAACACGGAUUAUAUUCACAGAUUUCAAGGCUGUUUUCAUCGUUUCAAUGAUCAUUUGGAUAUGUGCUCUGUACUGAAACAAGCUUGCCCACACGAUUUCACGUGUAAAAAUGGAACUAUCAACUCACAAGGAACACAUAACCAGAAACAAGGUCGAGAUGAAAGAGAUGUGGAUUUGUUCGAACUGACAAAUAAUGAAAGAUCAAUUAUGGAAAAUCAUCUCAAAACACGUAAAUGGCAUCCAUAUAAUACAGACUCCGGUAAGCCAACUCCAAGCCAAAGUAGAUCGUAUGAUACUAGGAAUGAUAAUACUACUAGAACAUAUUAUAAUGUGUCAUCUGGAGCCUCAACCAUCACAAGUACUACUACUACUUCUCCCUGGCAAAAUAUCGCCAAUUUCAUCCAUAACUUUUCACACUCCAAUGUUACCAUUAAUAACUACAAUUGAGUUUAGAUUCAUAUAGUCUGUUAAAUGAAAUUUUAAUGUGAAUCAAACCCACUUUCAUCUCAUUACAUUGUAUUAUAUGCAGAACUUUCAAUUAUGUUUUGAUGUCAGGUGAAAAAUAAUAAUGAUAUUCCUUUAUUUUCAAAUGAAUUACAGUCCUGAAUAAUUUAAAUUUGAAAGCAAUGACGUCCUCAAUUUUGAACUUCAACUAGCUUUUAAAAUAUACCCUUAGACUUUAAGUAUAUUAUAAGAGGGUGUUUGACUUUGUUUCUGGGAAUUUUAUAGUUUGCAAAUAUAUAGUUGCGAAUUUGCCAAGGGACAUAAAAUGUCCUUUGGCAGCUCAUUAAAUGCUCUCAUACUCAUAUAUGAAAGACAUUUCUCAGUAAUGUAGUUAAUAUGUGGGCUGGAUAAAAUAUGUCAAAAGUUCUUUUAUUGUAAGUGUUUCAAGUCUCAUUAUAUAAUUUCUGCCUAUUUUUAUAAAGGAAUAUUUAACACUCAAACAAAUAUAGACCAUACACUGUAAA